CCCGACACACACAACGCGACAAGAAACGAGCAACAAAACAAACACAAAAUGUAAGGUGAAGCGAGCGAAAUGAGAGCGCGGGAGGGAGCCGGCCUGUGGCUGAAUCACCGCGCGGCCAGAUAGAUGACAGAGUCCGCGAUGUGCGCUUUGUUUUGGUUUACAUAACGCGAUUUCGUAGACAGCGUGGGGAUGAAGUGUGCUAUUGAUGCAUCUUUCGCUCCAUGCCUCGGCGGGUCAUCCUCAUCUACGCCCUCACGUUGCGUCGUUCGCGAGAGCUCCUGACGUAGUAGUAACCUGGCAAGCGCUGGUCGCAUGCCAAGACGACACCGACGACACUCCUUUGGCAACGACGGGUUUUUACGGUUGCUCUUUCCUAUCGCGUCCGGUCGCUCUAAAGGCGCAGUGCUUUCACUUCACCCACUCGGCGUCGUUUGAACAACUUUUUUUUUUUAUCAUGGGCCAGCAACACAGCAUUUUCACGGAGGAAGAGCUCGACGAUUAUCAGGAGCUGACUUUCUUCACGAAGAGCGAGAUAAUCGUAGCUUACGAGAGGUUCAAACAGUUGGCCCCAGAUGUGGUGUCCAAGGACCGAAACGCCAAACUGCCAAUGGACAAGAUCCUCAACAUGCCCGAGCUCGGAGUGAAUCCGUUCCGAGACCGGAUAUGCAAGGUCUUCUCAUCUAGCAACGAUGGUCACAUGACAUUUGAGGACUUUUUGGACAUGAUGUCGGUGUUCAGCGACAAAGCGCCACGGAGUGUGAAGACCGAAUACGCCUUCCAGAUAUUCGACUUCAACGAAGAUGACAUGAUAUCCACCGAGGACCUGAAGCAAGUCAUUGGCCGACUGACGCAGCGUGGCGGGCAGGUCUUCGCCGACUACGAAGUCAAGCAGCUGGUCGAAAAUAUACUCAAGGAAGCCGAUCUGGAUGAAGACAGGCUACUAGCGUUCGCCGAGUUUGAACAUGCCAUCUCGAAAGCACCCGACUUCAUGAAGUAA